AUCAGAUUAAGCUACAAUCAGAACGCCUGAGACUUAGUUGGCUUUUUACUUCCAACCACAAGUUUACCUCCCCACGGAACCCAUUCAGUGUGCAGAGAGGCCUGGCUUGGGGCCCUGGGCCAUGGUGACUUCUGGGAUGUCAACCUUGUCUGCCUGGAUGCCUCCAGUUGAUUCAAGCAAGUGCAACUGGUUUUACCAAUCCAGGAUCCUGUUUGACCAGAAUAAAGACCCGAAAAAGAGAAUAAAGCCCCUAGAGGAGCCCCUUACCCGGGGCCAGUCCAUCAGGCUUUGGCCUCCUGACCCAGACAGCGCAGGGCAAGGGAGCCCACGUUGCACCGCCCCCAGCCUUGGGCGGCCCGCCAAGAGUUCGAGGCCUCUCGAUCCGGAUGUGAUGAAGAAAGAGCCACAGAGAGAGAAGUGUUUCGGGAGUGGAGGAGUGGAGGCAGGGGGAAAGAGAGCCAGAGGAGGAACAGUCCCCCUUAUUGGGGAGCUGGCCCGACUGAACUGGCUGGAAAGAGGGCGGAGAACACGGAGUCAAAAGAGCGGCCACUGGCGCAGUUGCAGCCACUGCAGUGUCUGGGCUGAGCCGGAGGGAGGCGGGGAGGGACGUGCAGGGGCGGCCGCCACUGCCGCCAGGCCACCGGGGCGACAUGCCGAAGCCGCUGGAUCCUCGCUAACUUUCCGGGGCGGAAGAGGAGGAGGAGGAAGGGGCUUUGAGAGAAUUAGGGGGGAUGCCGAGAAGCAGUCAGUUCUCUGCACCCACCACCUAACAGCCCUUCGUGGUCCGCCCCCGGGGCGGCGAGCUAGGCGGCAGCGCUGCGCGGGCUCGGCGGAGCGGCCCAUGUCCGGCGCGGGCGAAGCCCCGGCUCCCGGGCCCCCGCGCGGGGCCGAGGCGGGCGGCGGCCGGCUGGGCGCCCCAGCCCAGGAAAACUGUGAUAAAGAAAAUACUGAGAGAAAUAAGACUCAAGCUGCCGAUAGCUGCUUUGCACACGGAAUGAUGCAAGACCAGUCCAUUUGGGGAAAUUGUUCAGACGACGAACUCAUUCGAACCCAACCUCAGCGCCUGCCUCAGCUUCAAACGUCCCUACAGGAGCCAAGUGAGGAGGAAAGCGGGAAGAUAAAGAACGGCCACACUAGUCUGAGCAAUGGAAAUGGAAUUCACCACCACGGGGCCAAAAACAUAUCUGCAGAUAAUCGAAGACUCUCAGCACCCGUUUCUCACAAAAUGCAUAGAAAAAUUCAGUCCAGCUUGUCCGUAAACAGCGAUAUCAGUAAGAAGAGUAAAGUAAAUGCUGUCUUUUCCCAAAAGACAGGCUCUUCACCCGAAGAUUGCUGUGUCCACUGUAUCCUGGCCUGCUUGUUCUGUGAAUUCCUGACCCUCUGCAAUAUUGUCCUGGGCCAAGCUUCAUGUGGCAUCUGCACCUCAGAAGCCUGCUGCUGUUGCUGUGGAGAUGAAAUGGGAGAGGACUGUAACUGCCCUUGCGACAUGGAUUGUGGCAUCAUGGAUGCCUGUUGUGAAUCAUCAGACUGUUUGGAAAUCUGUAUGGAAUGCUGUGGAAUUUGUUUUCCUUCAUAGAGAUUUAUCUUCGGUUGUGUUAAAACUGGAGAGUUUUAAGAUUUUUCUUUUAAGGGGGCGGAAAGGCACAUGGUAAGAUUCGCAUGAAGCAAGCCAGUAUUUGCACUGUUCACUCAUUAAGUAAUCUCUGAAAGCCUUCUCUAACCAAAUCUACGUGGUUUAAUAUGUGAAAUUUUAACUACUUGUAAACUUAAUAGGUUACAAUGACUGAGGGACAUUUUGACCCAAAAAAAUGCUAAAUGUCUCCUCCUUUCUAUACAUACUUCUAUUUCUUUUAACCAUUCUUAGGAGUCUGUUGCUCCAAAUGUAUUAUUUCUCUGUGGGUAUUUAAACCAGACAAUUUAUUUUUGAUGUUUAUCUAUCCAUGGUUCAAAGUAAGCAUUUCUUUCCUUUAAAGUGAACCUUGGGAAACAAACCCACACCAUAGUUGGGCACUCCGUGUUAGUCUCCAUGCUCUGUUCUCACUUUCCUCACUUGUUCAACAGAUAUUGAGCUCCUCCUGUGUCUAAUCGCCUGCUCAGAUUCAGAGACAGAUGCCAUUCAACUCCCAUCCAGAGGAGUAUACAGUUUAACAGAGCAGAGAGACCUGGAAAGAAUGAACCAUUCCUCAAGGCAUACUGAAGUGAGGAUUAUGCCAGAGAAAGACCAAAAAGUCUCUAAGAAUACACAGAGAAGAAUAGCUCUUAUCUACCGGAAUAUGCACAGGGCCUCAAGGAGAAAGUGGUAUUUGAAGAGGCCUUUUAGGAUGAAUGAUCCAUCUAUGGCUUGAGUGAACUAGAUGCAGGAACAACUUUUAGGUGGGAGCCCAAACUGUGUGUGUCCUUAAGCAGUUAAAAGAAAAAUGCCUUAAGUAUGUAUUUUCUUUACUUGCAGGAAUACAGUUUUUUUAAUAAAAAAUUAACUAAAUUAUGCACUAAUUUUUUACACAUAAUUUAAAUGUGAUGAUAAAGUUUUUGAUAAGAAAUAUGGUUUAAUAUGGUUUAUUAAAAUAGCUCUAUUUUAUACAGAACAUGGAAGGCUUUUGACAAAUUGCAUUUAAGCUGGUUAUUUUUUACAUAUUAAAAUCUCAGUAUUCUGAUUUUGAUUUAUUAAAAAAAUGUUUUAAUUUUUGGAGAGGUUUAAGCCUUUUCUAAGGGAAGAAA